AUGGCUGCGAUGGCUGCGAUGGCUGCGAUGGCUGCUGGGGACAUGAGGUGCUUAGAGGAUGCCAUAGCGCCUGCAGCGCGGAAGAACCUCAGCAACGCAGAAGGUGAGAGCUACCCGCUGGGAAUUUGGGUCUCCAGCUGGGCAUCUGGUGAGCUGACUGCUAAAAUGGCGCAGAUCCUGAUAGAAGAGAAGAUGGGUUUUCACGUGCGCACGGGUGUGGGUACAGUCACUUUGGAACAGCUGUGGGCCAUCACUGGGUGCAAGACGCCUAGAAACCGUUCGGAUCCUGGCUGUGGAUCCGAUGGCCCGAAGCAGACUUAUUUCCAUGUGGGCCUCGAAGGUUGGACAAACCGCAACGCAGAGAUUUGGGACCUAAUUCAAACCAAUUUCCCAACAACUGCUCCUGUGAAUCUUGGUCAUAUUGGCUACGAUGGACAAUCAGGGCAGUUCAUUUCAUUAGAGGUGAUGCAGAGGGCAUAUCGCGCUACAGGGCUGGCUUUAGAGUUCUACCGCAGCUACGAUGCUGCGUGGAAUGAUCCAGGAGUGCACUUCGAUAGGAUCACGGCUGUAGACAGUUCCCAGCUGAAACCAUGCAACGAAACAAUGCUCUCGGAGUCAUCAAUCAUGCAGAAAUAUGCCGAACUUACUGGAGAUUGGGACGGAGUGGAGGAGGUGGAUGGCAAAGUGAGGGGCAAAUGCUUCUCUGAGCACUUCUGGUUUCCACCCCCUUGCCGGGCGGAUGCAACAAAGUGUUUCCUAUUCAUCACAGCUCUGGGGUACGAAUUUGAAGUGACGAUGCAAAGAGCAACCAUCUUCAACAUGCCAAUCGUACCCGUAGAUGCAAAGGAUUGGGACACAUACGCGCGCCUGCCCAAGACUGUAACCAGUUUAUUCUUCUGGUGGCAGCCAGAUCCUACGUUCCUAGGUCUGAACGCAAAGAUGGUGUCAUUUCCUUCCUUCAAUCGCACAGACUUUGCGCGGGGACUGGUGACUUCUGCUUCCACCGGUAUUCAGCUCGACAAAUAUGUCAGCCGUGAUCUCGACGUUCUUGCGCCAAGAGUGCGGGAGUUGAUCAGUGCCUUCUACCUGAGCAUGGAUGCUUUGAAUCAACUCCUACUGACUCAGAAGAUUCACAGCAGUUCUGCCAUGGAGGUUGCCUGCAGUUGGUUGCAAUCGAAUCGCAAGAUUUGGGAGCAGUGGCUGCCAGACACCACCAAGUGUUUCGCGCAGUUCGGGCUCUUCAACCAGGUGACAGAAGUCUUCGUGGACAACAGGGAAGGUGAUGUCAGCAACUUGCUUUGCAAGGCCUGCCCCUCUGGCUCCUUUUCUACAUACAUUCGGGACGACAAGGGUCUGACCCAUGUUUGCAAACCUUGUGCUGUGGGCCACGCGCAAACCUCUGGCGCUUCCACAGCAUGUGGGCCAUGCGCUUUAGGAGAACACCAGGAGGAGCUUGGAGCUUCCUUUUGUAGACGCUGCACCUUUGGCACAUAUCAAAAUGUCACAGGGCAAAGUCAAUGCACACAGUGUCCCGGCGAGCGGACCACCAUGGGACUGGGCUCACAGUCAUUGGCUGAAUGCGUUUGCAAAACCGGAUCUAUGGACGUGGACGGGCAGUGCCUGCCCUGUGGCAAGGGUCUCUCGUGCCCAAUCGGCAGCACCAUUGCAGGGCUGACCUUGUUGCCCUCUGCCAACGUCAGCAAUUUAGAUGUCGAACGCCCUUUUAUAAAGCCAGGAUUUAACAGUCUCCCGGAGGCUCCGCUCACCAUCUAUCAAUGCCGAGACCAUUGUCCAGGCGGCGCGCCAGGGACAUGUUCCUUCGGGCGCAUUGGGGCUGUGUGUGGUGAGUGCCCAGCCGGGACCUUUGCAAGUUCUUUGGGCCCCUGCUGGCGUUGCAGAGAACAUACUGCUGCACUUUGGCUGACUGUCGGCGGAGUGGUGCUUUUGCCAGGCAUGUUUUUGGCCUACCAUUUGCUCACGAAACCAUACACUGCAAAAAAUGAAGUUUCUGGUGUCGUUGGUUGCCUGCCGGGAUUGUUCGUAGAAACGGUGCAGAAUCUUUUGGUGAUCAGUGCAGCGCCAACCACAUGGCCACCAGUCAUGAUUGGCAUGGCGACAUAUGCUAGCGUGGUGACCUUAAACUUGGAAGCGCUGGGCCUUGCCUGUAUCGGCAGCAUGGGCAACAUUGGUGUGGUGGCCCGGUACUUUUGCCAGACGCUGGUUUUCCCUUCUAUGGUAGGCAUUUUGCUGUUGACCUUUGGAUUCACGAGGCUUUUGCCAAGAGUAACCAGAGGCUUUUGCAGCUGUGCGCCAAGAGCCAUGGUGUGCUAUGACCGCCUGGCCAGAAUCUUCCACAUACCGCCAGUGCCGCCAACGGCAUACUCAUGGACCUGGUGCGGAACUGUUUGUGUCAUUGGCAAAUUUUGCCAAGUGACCUUCCCUACCAUGGCCAACGUUGGUUUAUCGCCCAUGAUGUGCUACAAACAUCCAGGCGGACAGCAGCACAGCUUGACGAAGUACAGCAACACGUUUUGCGGCAGCGGUGAUCACGUCGCCAUGCUGAUCGUUGGCAGUGUCUUAUUGAGCUUCACGACUGGUUUCCUGGCGCUUUGCAUUUGGGUAGCCUGCAAGGCACCUCAAUUUUCAUGGCAAGGCCAAGCAGCCGUGAAGUUUCUGUUCGCGGACUUCCGUCCAGACAUAGCAUGGUUCGGCAUCGUCGCCCUUUUUCGUGGUCUCUUCCUGUCCUUGCCUUCUGUGGCCGUACCAAACAGGCCCAACGUGCAGCUAGUGCUGCUACAUACAGUGAUGCUACUGUCCUUGGUCCUUCAAGGCUAUUGCCAGCCGUGGAAGUCACCGGCAGUGAAUUUGGUGGAUGCCACGUCACACUUUUUGUUCCUGAGCCUAUUGGGUCUUGGCCUAGUGGGCCUGGAGAGCGAAAGUGACUGGAUCCUCGACAUUCUUGCCACUUCCGUUUGUAUCGGCCUUCUGGUGGUCUUCGGCGUGGUCAUUUCCGUUUUCGCCUUGGUGAUGAUCAUGGAGAAGUUGGGAAGAGCCAUUGGAAAGAAGUGGGCCAACCUUGGCGAUGUUCCGGAGUCAAGGGUCUUACUUCGAUUGCUGCAGAACCUUGCCAGCAGCAUAGAGAGUUCUGACGAUUUGCACUCUGUGGAGGCAGCCAUGGACGAACUUGGAACCUACGAUGUUCGUAUGAUCCUGCUGUGUCUGACAAUUCUUGAAAUGGAAACCGGGCUUUCGGCUACAAGCUCCGCCCGUCACAAGAGAGCGAUAAGUCAGACGAGCCGUCUGAGCCAGCUUUCCAGCCAGCUUUCAGAGUCAAGUCGAAUUGGUGCAGGAAGGGCAUUGGCAUCAUCGGCCGUCUCCAAGAGACGGGCCUCGCAGUAUACUGUCAUGCAACGAGCCUCCCCGCAGGAUUUGCUUGCGGAACAUGGUUUACCGGGCGAUCUCGCAGCACAAGCUCCAGAAGUGCAACUAGUGGACUUGGAUAACAAGGGACAGAAUGAUGCCGAUGUCUUGCCAGACCCAACGAAUCUGGUCAGCGUUUCUGGAUGA